UUAUUUAUAAAGUGUACGAUUCGCGAUUGAAGGAGAAUACGUAAAAAAUGAAUAUGAAGCUUGCACAUGCAAAGAAGUGCAUGCGGGUCGUUGGUUUUAGAGGAAAUUUCACAUCUUGGUUAGCAAGGAGACAGAAACUUAGAUGUCUCUCAUCUGUUUCCUCACCGCUUGGUGGCAUCAGAGUAGUUGAUCUAACAAGAGUUUUAGCAGGCCCUUUCUGUUCUAUGCUCUUGGGAGAUCUAGGGGCUGAGGUUAUCAAGAUUGAAAGGCCGGGUGUUGGAGAUGAGACUAGACAUUGGGGCCCACCAUUCAUCAAUGGAGAAAGCUGCUACUUUCUAUCAGUCAAUAGAAAUAAAAAGAGUCUCGCUGUGAAUCUAAAGCAUCCCAAAGGAAUAGAGGUGGUUCAGAAGUUAGUUGCAUCCAGUGAUGUACUCCUGGAGAACUACAUCCCUGGCAAGCUGGAGGAGCUAGGCCUAGGGUAUGACAGCCUCAGAGAAACCAAUCCUGGUCUUAUCUACUGUUCAAUUACAGGUUAUGGCCAGACUGGACCAUACUCGGAGAGGGGUGGCUAUGACCUCAUAGCGGCAGGCUUGGGAGGACUAAUGAAUAUCACAGGGCCACAGGAAGGGGAUCCAUGCAAAGUAGGUGUGGCUAUGACAGAUCUGUCCACCGGUCUCUACGCCAAAGGUGCCAUUCUAGCAGCUCUAUUACACAGAAUGCAGACAGGGGAAGGCCAGAGAAUUGAUACCAAUCUCUUAUCAACACAGGUUUCAUUAUUAACCCACCUUGCUACAAAUUACCUAAUGGAUGGUAGGGAGGCUAAGAGGAGAGGCACCCAACAUGAAAGCAUAGUACCAUAUCAGGCAUUUAAGACUGCUGAUGGGUAUCUGAUCAUAGGCGCUGGUAACGACAAAGCAUUUCAGACGUUAUGUAAGAGGAUAUGUCUCCCUGAGCUAGCUGAAGACCCUCAAUACAAGACCAAUGCACAAAGGGUUCUAAAUAGAGAUGUGCUUCUACCUGUCUUGUCGAAAAGGUUAUCGGAGAAGAAGACCAGCGAUUGGAUGGAAGUGCUGGAGGGGUGUGGCUUCCCUUAUGGACCAAUCAACACGAUGGGUCAGGUGUUUGAUGACCCCCAGGUCAAACAUAAUGACCUGGUUCAGGAGAUUGAUCAUCCGACAGCGGGUACAAUGAGGGUACCAGGUCAUGCCGUCCAAUACAGCACCAUAUCAACCAAAGAAAACUUUCCCUCUCCCUUACUUGGACAGCAUACAGCAGACAUUCUCACCAAUCUUCUUGGAUACACGCAGUCUCAGGUAGAAGAGCUUCACAGGGAUAAAGCUAUAGCUCUCCCAUGAGACUGGACUCCCUUUUACAUCUGUUGAACACCGAGAUGAGGUACAGGUCUACCCACAAAGAAUUGAUAAGAAUGGUUUGUCAGGCUGUUGAGAGCCAGAUGGAUGAAACUCAUUAUUUUUACAAAUAGUUCAUGCCAUUUUGGUUUUCAACAAACAAGAUAUUUGGAUGAGCAAUCGGAGCC